UGUCUCAAAGUUAUAAUUCACUGAAUACUGAACAUUUAUUGGUGACUCUUUCUGAUGGAAAUAGAAAUGAUAUUUUAUAGAUGUCAAACAUUCUCACCCACAGGUACUAUAAGUCAAACAGGACAUUGAAUAUAAUAAGAAUAUAUUAUCACCUUACUGACAUUAUAUCACCUGCUGAGUUUUCAUAACUUGCUGAUUCAUUCUGACAACAUGUAAUGGGCGUACUGCAGGAUGAUAUACACCGUUGACUGCGUGACCAAGACGUGUUCACACACGUGCAUGAAUUAAUGUGGUAACUUAUGAUUGGAGUAGCUAAGAUUCUAGUUUCACAUUUUAUAACCGCUGUCUUCCUUUUUCAUUUCAGAUCAUGCCACUCCCUCCUGCUCCGCAGCAACUCUCAUGUUCCCGACAUUUCUCAUCACCUUACCUGCUCCGCUGACAUUCACAGCUGUUUCCACUCCCCCUUUAGCCUCGCUGGGUUUUUUUCUGUGUUUUUAGGGAAGAGAGAGGGGGGGCGACAUGCAGCAAAGGGCCAUGGGUUGGAAUUGAACCCGUGGCUGCUGUGGCAAGGACAGGAUUUUUGGACAUGGGGCAUCCACUCUACUGGGUGAGCUAGUUGGCACCCCAGUAACACACUGAAUGGACUGCCCUUGGAGAGCACUUUUCUAGUCUUCCGACCGCUCGAUGCGCUUUUAAAGUACAUGCUACAUUCACCCAUUCACACACCGGUGGCCGAGGCUACCAUACAAGUUGCCAUCCACUACUCAUUAAUCAUUCACACACACUCACUAAUAGAACAGUCAUCUGGAGCAAUUUGGGGUUAAGUAUCUUGCCCAAGGAUACUUUGACAUGCAGACUGGAAGAGCCGAGGAUCAAACCGCUGAUCUUCCGAUUAGUGGAUGACCUGCUCUACCUCUAAGCCACAGCUAAGAGAGAGGUGAUUCCGAGGUCUCCAAAAUGGACACUCUCUCCCCUUGACUGUGUUUGACCCUGUGUCUUUCCCAAGGAGGCUGAGCAGUGCAAUACCCCAAUAAUUAGAGAUGGGGAAACUGCACUGUCUCCGACCUCCAUGUGACUCCACGUGACAUUGAAAAGGUGUGUCAGCCAAAACAGCCCCGCAAUGUCUAGAGCCUUCAGCAUCUCAGGGCACAUGCCAUAAUUAGGUGUCACAUUUCAUUUCCGCCCCUACACCUACACAGUGACAACACUGGCCACAACCCUACAUCAGCAUGACACAGCACAAUAUCAGAUCAUUAGGUAAGAUCAUCAAUGACAGCAAUGCCACACGGUUCCAUGUAAAAAUACUGCACAAUGAGUGUAAGUGUGUGUGAUCAGGAACCCCAUCCAAACUCCGUCUUAGAAAGACAGUACAACCAUUAAAUCAAGAAACCGAAACAGAACGAAAGACAAGAAGAAAGGCGUUCAUUAAAAACAGAUCUGAAUGGACAAAAUGGAUGUAGCCUCAGUUUUCACAGUCCUCACUGAACACGCUCAUACAUAAUCAAAACACAAACUGCUCCAAGCAUCCUGCCUCUACACCGACGUCUCUUAUCAGCUCCUCCUCCUUCAUCCAAUACACCUGUGAUGUUUUCUGUGUUACUCGGUGUUAUUCGGUUCAGCCCUCCUUCAGGACAGGAGAAGAGCACCUAACGUGAGUGAGGGAACAUUUACUUUUACUUCAUAUGACGAUCUGUUCACAUUAGUUCUAGAAACACUCAAGCUUUGGGGCAAAACCAAAGAAAACAGCACACCUGAAUGUUUGAAGCUUAUCAGCACCUCCCACCUGACCUGUGUGUGUUUUAUUGUUGCAGCUACGAUCCAACACCUGAGAAGACUACAGAGAGAACAGAGCACUGUCAAGUUUCCUCUGGGGUGUGUGUGUGUCUCUGCCAGAACCAGUGAUGGCCGACCAGCUGCCUCCACAGCAAGGCGACCCGCUGCUGACUAAGUUCCACCAAGGGAGCCUCCCCAACGGGAAAGACACCACCAAAGACGGCCUGCACGCCAGGGGACAGUGGGCGAGCAAGGCUGAGUUCCUCCUGGCCGUGGCGGGGCAGAUCAUCGGCCUGGGCAACGUGUGGCGGUUCCCGUACCUCUGCUACAAGAAUGGAGGAGGUGUGUUCUUUGUACCCUACCUGUUGUUCCUGGUGCUGUGCGGCAUCCCCCUGUUCCUCCUGGAGACCUCCUUGGGGCAGUACACCAGCCUGGGAGGCGUCAGCGCCUGGAGGACCAUCUGCCCAUUAUUCGGAGGUCUGGGCUACGCCAGCCAGGUAAUGAUCCUGCACGGCUGCGUGUACUACAUUGUCAUCCUGGCGUGGGCGCUCUUCUACCUGUCCUACAGCUUUGAGGCGGAGCUGCCGUGGUCUCACUGUAACAACACGUGGAACACUGCGGCGUGUUUCCUGUUUGACCGCCACAACCAAACAGCCAAUGAGACCAGCCUGCCCGAGAACGCCACCUCCCCUGUCAUGGAGUUCUGGGAGCGGGAGGUGCUCCGUCUCUCCAGCACUUUAGACGAGCUGGGUCCAAUCAGCUGGAAGCUAGCUCUGUGUCUCGCCAUCAUCUGGCUCGUCUGUUACUUCUGUGUGUGGAAGGGAGUCAAGUCGACCGGGAAGGUGGUGUACCUGACGGCCACCUUCCCAUAUGUCAUGCUGUUUGUGCUGCUGGUGCGUGGUGCCACCCUGCCGGGAGCGACCCAGGGCAUCAUCUACUACCUCAAACCUAACCACACCCGCCUGGCGGACCCACAGGUAUGGAUGGAUGCAGGUACCCAGAUAUUUUUCUCAUACGGAAUCUGUUUGGGAAGUCUCACAGCCCUCGGCAGUUACAACAAAUACAACAACGACUGCUAUAAGGACUCCUUCCUCCUGUGCCUCCUGAACAGCGCCACCAGUUUCCUGGCAGGUUUCGCCAUCUUCUCCGUGCUGGGCUUCAUGGCUGAGGAGCAGGGCGUGGACAUAGCUAGCGUGGCCCAGUCAGGGCCUGGUCUCGCCUUCAUCGCCUACCCGAGAGCUGUCGCCAUGAUGCCUGUACCCCAGCUGUGGGCCGUCUGCUUCUUCCUCAUGAUCAUCAUGCUGGGGCUGGACACACAGUUUGUGAGUCUGGAGGCCCUGAUGACGUCGGUGACUGACCUGUAUCCUCACCUGAUCCGGCGAGGCCAGCGCAGAGAGCUGCUGCUGCUCUUCAUCUGCGUCGUCUGCUUCCUGGUCGGACUGGUCAUGGUCACGCCUGGCGGUCUCUACGUGUUCCAGAUCUACGACCACUUCUCCUGCAGUGGCGCCAGCCUGCUGCUUCUCUCCAUCUUCCAGUCUCUGGCCAUCGGCUGGGUCUACGGAGCCGAGCGCUUCAGUGCCAACAUCAAGGAUAUGACCGGCUACAACCCCCUGCCUUUCUUCAAGCUGUGCUGGAAAUACCUGACCCCAGCCGUGUGCACUGCUACCUUCCUGUUUUCUCUGGUGAGCUGGUCUCCUCUGAACCUGGGGAAAGGCUUGGUCGCUCCAGCCUGGGCCACCACGCUCGGCUGGCUCCUUACUCUCUCCUCUGUCUCCUUACUUCCCAUCUGGGCCAUCUAUGCCCUGGCCACCACCCCAGGGACCCUGUCACAGCGCUUCCAGCGUCUAUGCACCCCCGUCAAUAACUCACUGCCCCCGCCCUACUUCCCCACCAACAGCCCAGCGCUCCCCUACAGCCCCGCACUGCCACUGACAGAGAAGCAGAAGGAGCCGAUCACAGACACCAUCAAGGAUCCCAAGACCUGAAGACGGUCAAUGGACAUGCAACAUUGGAUGCUGGUCAGCCAAUCGGGUGUGGCGAAGGGGAGGGUCGAGGUUAGGGACAACACAGCUGGAUAUUUGUAGACUCAGUAUGUUUUAAUGGACUGCAGCGGACUGUUUGGGUUCAAAAGAUCCUUCAAAUGUGUCUUGUUUAGUUGCCUUUAGUAUCCCACAAUCCACUGCACACAGGGCAGUUGUUUGAUGAAGCAUUCAGGCAGUCCCAUGAUCACCAGGUUUAGGUAUUUUUAGUCUGAUAGCAAUCUUAAACUACACCGAUGAAAAGCCACCACAGGAUUAUUCGGACAAAACUGGAAGCUACUGCAUUUAUAAACCAUUUAAAUGGAACAUUGUUCUCAAGUUAACCAUCAUACUCAAAGGCAAACUGUAUGCCUGCAAUGUAAACUCAGAUAUCCGACACAAAUCGCCACCUGAAUGCACCGUUAGUCUCGCCAUCUGUGAGGUUAGGCAGUCUUCCUUUGAGUGGAGGUGUAAGUGCAACCUCAAGAGCUUAAAGUAUGAGGGCGCAGCUUGGUUGACCCUGUACCCAUCCCUCGUCACCGGCUACCAGAGCUGAUAAUUCUAAAACAGCACACACUCCUCUGUCUUUUGGACCAUUUAAUCGCAGCCCCUGGAGCCGAUAACAACGCUAAUGUACUGAGGAAGUUAGCCCGACCACUUAACUCUCUAUGAGAGGUCACUGCAUGCUUGGCUUUGACUCUCCGCUCAAUAUGUGUUGUUCUGUUCGGGUGCCGAAACCUUCUGAUGACUCUAUGAGUCAGACGCGUUUAUACGGUGAUUUGUCUGGACUUUAUUUUUUGUAGCUGCUUCACCCGUCUGUGAUCACUGCGUUGUUAUGGAUUCCGCUGCUUGUCUUGGCAACUCCCGCCCCUGCUGUGAUUGGCUAGAGUGCAACAUAGUAAACAAACAUUCGCAGAGCAGGGGCAUGAAAUCCCUAGAAAAAAUGACAGAGUCCACAACUCCACUUCCAGGGGUGUGUGGACACUGGAGGGAAGCCGACCAGAGGGCCCUCAGCCGUGGGAACAAAGCCUGCCGACCUCCUGCCCUCCCUCUGGCUCUCUGCAGGGCACAGCUCGGGUCAGUGGAGCACGCUGGAGGCUUUACCGGGAUUGGAGAGGCGGUAUUAGCACAUGAGGGUGGAGCCAGAACCAGAGGAAGGAUGGUGGCUCCGCAAGCUCCCUCUGUCAGCUGUCCUCCAGCGUCCACACACCCCUGGAUGUGGAGCCUCAAACAUACCGCCUCUCCAGCCCCUCCACAACCAUGCAUGGCUGACUAAUCCUCGCCCUUGAAUGCAGCACAGGGCAGAUCUCGCCAAGAGAAGCAGUGCGAUCCAUGACCACAUCAUGGAGUUUGACUGGUCAUAACUUGCCUUACACUCAGACCAGGUGGCACUGAUGCAACAGGUGCACUCGCAGAACUCAACUCUUUGCUGCCAAUAUGUCGAGUGCUCAACUUGACGUCAUGUUUACACCUCAUCAUUGACAAAAUGAUUGAAAUGUGCAGUAACUGUUUCUCUCCAUCGUCCAUCCAAGAAUGCAAGCAGGAUUGUGUUUGUACUGUUUUUUAGUCACUGUCUCGAAUGCACUCAAAGUGCAGUCUCCGCUCAAUAAAAGGCGUUACUAGAACGUCUUUGCACUGUACCAAAAAUAACUAUCAUUUAUCAAGCUGGGAAACAUGCAAUCAUAGUAUCUGAAGCAGCUUGUGUCAAUACAAUAUUAAAAUACUGCUGCUGCUGCUGACAGAACUGAAAUAUAUUUUUAUUCGAAGCCCAAAGUGUUAAAAAUGUUAAAGUAGGUUUUAGUAAGAAAACAACGCUGCCACUCCAGAGUGACUCGUUCUGGUGAGGUCACGACAGUGUCUUCAUCUGUGACGUGCAGUGGAACUUUGAAGUGGCACACAAAGAAACAUCGAAGCAGUGUAGAUAUGUUUAUAUUUUUUUGAGGAAAAGUGCAGUAUGUGACGAAUCAAGCCGGUUUUGCAGAAAUAUGUUCUCAUGUUUGUUUGUUUAUCCUUCACCAGGGCUGCAACUAACUAAUAUUUUCAUAAUCGACCAUUGUGCUGAUUAUCUUUACGAUUAACCGCUUCAUUGUUGAGCCCAAAGUGACGUCUUCAUAUUGCUUCUUUUGUCCAAACAGUCUAGAACCCAAAGACUUUUCAUUCACUACCAUAAAUGACAAGAAAAGCAGGCAGUUCUUACAUAGACAUUUUUGCUUUAAGGUCCAGUGUGUAUGAUUAAGGGGAAUUACUGGCAUCUAGUGGUGAGGUUGCAGAUUGCAACCAGCUGAAACUUCUCCCACUUACUAUUUCUUGCAGUGUUCAUUCUUUAGGAGGUUUUCACGGGGUGCUAAAGUAUCCGCAGAGGUCUCUUCCUCUCCUCCUUCCUUUGUCCUCCACGCCAAAGUUGUGAUCGAUAAAAACAUUCUUGAUGGGAGAAACUUGUGAAAUUGGUGACACAGAUGGUAGAAAUCGUCAAAUAUUUUUGGGCUUUUGUCCAUAUGUAUGUUUUUGGUAUGCAUCCUAUGUAUUGUCAUAUAAAUGAGACCCUAGGUGAUUUAAACCGGUAAAAAAUACUGAUUAAAGCCACUUCAGGUUACAAAUCAGUGCUGUUUCACGUGUCGGAGACCAGCCGUUAGCCUAGCACCUACUAAUGUAUGCCCGCCUUUAUUCUCUGCUAACUUAAGAUGCAGAUGUUCAGGAGGUUUUUACCGGUAGCCAAAUUAUCCUCAGAGGUCUCACCCUCUCCAAAACAAACCGAUUCAGUGAUUUCAACCGGUAAAAACACUCAGUAAAACAGUCCUACGUUAAAAAAAAUCCGCUUUUCUAACACUGCUUGUUUGAUUCGUCCUUUCUGGACUACUGUAGGAACAUGGUGGUGCAUCAUUGCUAAUGUUGGGUUUGUGUUCUUGUCGUCUUUCCACCCGCCAAAAUCAAAGUAGUGGGAAUAAUUCCAGUUGCGAAUGUGAGCGUUUCCAUUUUCCAAACUAGCAUGCUGCUUUGUGAUGUGCCUGCACAGCACAACGAUAACGAAAAGUGAGUCCUUGGACGCGAUUUUUGUGUUUCAAGUCCGCAGUGACUGGAAAAAGCAGUAUUUUUACAGUAGCGCGCCCAACACUGAUCAUGGCGAUCUCUGUAAACGAUGACCCGCUCCCUGUGUUGAUAUUCCCGACUCAUUCUAAGGUAGCAAAAGUGCUGAUUCUUAUUUUCAGGUGAUUAAACACUUUAUUGUAUUUCUGCCAAUAUAUCCCCCCAAUCCUUCACACUGGACCUUUAAAAGAAGACUCAAAAUGGCUGGGCAUUAAUUUUCUUUUGAUUGACUGUUGUUUGAAAAGACAGAAAGACAGCACUGUGUUUUAUUCAAGUUACAAACGACAUAUAUUUCCCAUUAGUUCAUAAUUCACCUUUCUCAUGUAUCACUGACAGUUACUUCGACAGGCUCGUGCCGUUGUCAUCACCAUGAGGUCUCCAGUGCCUCUGGGGUUUGUGAAAUCAUUACCUUACUGUACAGGACAGAAUGUACUCCUUACUGGGAAGACUUGUCUGAAAAGCAGCGAGACGAGCAGCGUUUCCUUCUUUGAUGAGAACUAGUUCUGUGUUUCUGUUCAGACCUGGAUCAGGUUUUUGAUUUGAACGCUCCUCCGAGACUAAUUUAAAACCCGUCUGCUUAUCAUAUGGAAGGCGUUCAGUUAUUUCAGAUUGAUCCGAGUGUGUUUUCAUCUCUGUUUACAGGUGUUUACAUGUGCCUUUUGUUUUCUGUUGUUUUUUGAAUGAAUAUAUAAACAUUGUGUUGAAAA